AUGAGAAACACCAUUGGAGAGAGCACCAAGUUCAGUGCUGGACUGUACAUCCGUGAUCUAACACUGUCUGGUAACGAUGUUCGCCGGGCGGCCUACGGGCAGCGAGAGACUCCGCAUCUGACCUGUGUUUACCUGGAGCACCUGUCACGGGUCAGGUGUGACCCUGUCACCGACACAGAGAAGCUCCGGGUGCUGAGGCUGAUGGGAGAGGAGGCUCGGAAGAGGCUGCGUGACCCGGAGCAGAGGUGGGCCCUGCGCAUGAAGUUCCUGCAGCAGGUCAAGAGCUACACGGGCAUCCCCUACAGCAGGAAGUACCACCAGCCAGGAACUGCAGAGUAUGAGUCUCCCCUGUUCCUGGACUGCUGCGGAUUGGUGCGCAGGGCCAUGAGGGACCUGAAGGAGGACUUUGGCUUCGUUCUGGGACCUGGGAACCAGGCCUACCAGUACGACACCCUGCCCAUCACCCUGGACAGGGCAGACAACAUGAGACCGGGAGACCUCGUCUUCGUCUCCGGGACAUACUUCAACCCAAACAAGAAGAGGCAGAUCCAUGACAUAGUUCACGUGGAGGUGUGGCUGGGGGAGGGUGAGAAGACCGUGGGCGCCCGCUGGAACAGGGGGACGGUCCAGGAGUUCGAGUCCUACCAGUUUGUCUCCACUUCCUACGGAAACAUGCGCUACCACUUCAAAUCCAUCGAGACCUGGCUGGCGGGAAUCUGCGUCAGCAACGCAGAGGAUGUGACAUCAGACCUGAAUCAAGUGAGGGAUGAAAAACAGGAAGUGGAGGAGAGUGAAGUGGCUGAAGAGAAUCACUCUCCUCUGGAAGAGGAGGGGUCUCAGUUGAUCCAGGCUAAUGCAGGUGGACCAGUCUUAGUAGGGCGGUCCCUGGACGAGCGGUAUUUGAGGGGUCUCAGGAGGAGGUCACCACUGAGGGUCCCGAGAGGGGAGCUGCUCUUACAGAUGUGUGACAGGGAUCGGAGGCCAGAUGAUCCCAGAGGACCUGGACCCUUCUUCUUUAUCGGGGGAGGGAACGGGGCCGGCAUAGUGGCUUCAUAUUGCGAGAGCCUGGGGUGGCAACGUAUCUAUGACAAGACAAGAGAGGACUAUAAACUAAAGUGGUGUGAGACCAAAUCGAAAAGCGCCUACUACAAUUUCAGGGAAGGAGAGCAGCUGCUGUACCAGAUCCCCAACAACAAGGUCCUGACCACCAAGAUCGGGCUGCUGUGUAGCCUGAGGGAGUACGACCGCGUCAGCGGCAAGGUGGACCACAGCCGCGGGCUCAGGAAGCUGAAGAUGGAAGAGUUUUUCCCAGUUACCUACCGCAUGGAUAUUAAAAAAGAGAAGGAUGCCUUCUUUGCACAGCACAAAGCCGUGAAGGGUGACAGGACCGAGGCCUGGAUCUGCAAGCCCACGGGCCUCAACCAGGGCAGAGGCAUCUUCCUGCUGCGGACGGAGGAGGAGAUCUCGACCUUCCAGACCCGGCUGCAGAUCAGUGAGGACAGCUUGAGUAGCAGGAAGCUGCCCUUCCGCCUGCCACAGGCCCGCAUCGUCCAGCGGUAUCUUCAGAACCCCCUGCUUCUGAAAGGCAGAAAAUUUGAUGUUCGAUCCUACUUUCUCAUCGCCUGCACCACACCGUACAUGGUGUUCUUUCGCCAUGGUUACGUUAGAUUAACCUGUGACCUCUACGAUCCCAACUCCAAUAACCUCACUUCUCACUUGACCAAUCAGUACAUGCAGAAGAAGAACCCCCUGUACAGCGUGCUGAAGGAGGAGACGGUCUGGUCCAUGGAGCGCUUCAAUGCCUAUGUUAACGCGCAGUUCCGGGAGGCCAAGGGGCUCCCCCAGGACUGGGUCCUCGGUGCCUUCGCAAAGCGGAUGCAGGCCAUCAUCGUCCAGUGCUUCCUGGCAGUGAAGGCCAAGCUGGAGCGCAAGCUGGGCCUCUUCGACCUCAUUGGCUGCGACUUCAUGAUUGACGAGGACUUCAAGGUGUGGCUCCUGGAGAUGAACAGUAACCCUGCACUCCACACCAACUGCCAGGUCCUGAAAGACGUGGUGCCCAGCACUGUCACAGAGGCUCUGGACCUGACCCUGGAGAUCUUCCAUAAGUGCCGCAGUGGUCUGAAGCUGCUGCCGCUGGUCAGCCAGAGAGACUUUGUCCUGCUGUACGGAGGCCACAGCACCCCCAUCUACCGGAGCAGGACGGCGGGGCCUCUGAGGACAGCCCACCACAAGGGCUCAGGAACCCCCAGACCAGCUACCAAGACCCCAAAAGCAGUAUCGGUGGCAGGGGCAGUGGAGAGGUCAGGAGGCAGGACCAUCCUGGUCACCUCGGCAACCCUGGCUGUUCAGGCCAAUCCCAGCCAGCCCCCCACGGCUACAGAGACUCCUAGGACCACGACCACAGAGGUACCCGCGGACACCAGUGGAAAGACACCCACGGACACCAGUGGAGAGGCCAACAAUGCAGAGACCCCAGGGGCUGCUAAUGGAGAGAAUCUCAGUUCCACCAAUGCAGAGGCCCCCAGCAACACCAAUGGAGAGACCACCAGCGGCACCAAUGCAGAGACCCCCAGCAACACCAAUGGAGAGACCCCCAGCGGCACCAAAGAGGAGACCCCCAGCAACACCAAUGUAGACACCCCCAGCAACACCAAUGUGGAGACAUCCAGGAGUACCGAUACAGAGACGCCCACAGCCGCCAAUGCAGAGAACCCCAGGAGUCUUGUAGUCAGAGUCGCUGACAUCAAGUCCCGCCCAUUCCAUCCAAGACCUACUCUCAGCCGUGUGGAGCCGUGUGUCAGCAAGCGCACCUUGGAGCAGCAAUCAGACCCCUCCGAGCUCCACCCACCUGCCCCCUCCUACAGGGUAAGGGCCUCCAUCAGGUCGCAGUCCACCCCAACGGUGACCAGCGAAUCGCGCGUCUUCGUCUAUCGCCCAAAGAGCAAGGAGCAGCACGUGAACUUAAAACAGAAGCCUACACAGUCCUCCCAGGAGGAGACCAGUCCCUCUGCGGGCGUCGGCAUAAACGGGUCAUACAGUCAGGAGGAGGGUGACAAAAAGGAGUGA